GUUUAUAUUUCAAAGUGGUCAAGAUAUAUAUUUAUUUUUUUGAAUUUUUCUGAGAGAUUUCCAAAUUUUCUUUAACAUUUAUUUGUGUUCUAAUUUCCUGUUGACUCUCCAGGAUGUUUCGCAAUCUGUCAACCCUUCUUAGCAAAAUGCGGCGCCUUAGCCCUAAGCAAAUUUCAGUUCGCUACGAGCACAAAAUGCCUGAAAACCUCAAAAAAGUCGAGACGGACAAGGACCCUGAGUUCUCUGCCAUGGUAAUGUACUACUACCACAGGGCCGCCCAGACCAUGGAGCCUGCCUUGGUCAAGGAAAUGGAAAAGUACCCUCAUAUGAAGCCCGAGGAGCGUCAGGCACGAGUUAGCGCUAUUCUUAACUUGCUCGGAAACGUCUCAACCUCGGUAGAGGUCAAUUUUCCCAUUGUCCGCAAGAAUGGGACGUACGAAAUUAUUAGCGGUUAUCGUUCUCAUCAUGUACGUCAUCGUCUGCCGCUGAAAGGGGGAAUCCGGUACGCUCUAGAUGUGGACGAACACGAGGUAAAGGCCCUCGCAGCUAUAAUGACAUUUAAGUGCGCGUGCGUAAAUCUUCCAUACGGUGGAUCCAAGGGUGGAGUAUGCAUUGACCCCAAGCAAUAUACCGUAGAUGAGCUGCAGACGAUCACGCGUCGAUAUACGAUGGAGCUGCUAAAGCGUAAUAUGAUAGGUCCAGGCAUUGACGUUCCGGCACCGGAUAUGAACACUGGUCCUCGUGAGAUGUCCUGGAUUGUGGAUCAGUACCAAAAGACCUUUGGCUACAAGGACAUUAAUUCCUCAGCUAUUGUCACUGGAAAGCCAGUGCACAUUGGGGGUAUUAACGGUCGACACUCGGCUACGGGAAGGGGCGUGUGGAAGGCUGGUGAUCUCUUUCUGCAGGACAAGGAGUGGAUGGAUCUGCUCAAGUGGAAGACAGGCUGGAAGGAUAAGACGGCCAUUGUGCAGGGUUUCGGUAAUGUGGGAUCCUUUGCGGCUAAGUUCGUUCAUGAGGCGGGCGCCAAGGUCAUCGGGAUCAAGGAGGUCGAUGUUUCCCUUUACAAUAAAGAUGGCAUCGAUAUCAACGACCUUCUUGAGUACAAGGAGGAAAAGAAGACCAUUAAGGGCUACCCCAAGGCUGAGGAGUCCAAGGAGGAACUGCUGACGGCCGAGACCGAUAUCCUAAUGCCCUGCGCCACCCAAAAGGUGAUUACCAGCGAAAACGCCAAGGACAUCAAGGCCAAGCUGAUUCUGGAGGGCGCCAAUGGACCCACCACUCCCUCUGGAGAAAAGAUCUUGUUGGACAAGGGAGUGCUCCUCGUGCCCGAUCUAUAUUGCAAUGCUGGCGGUGUGACUGUAUCCUACUUUGAGUACCUGAAGAACAUAAACCAUGUGUCCUACGGCAAAAUGAACUCUAAAACCACGUCCGAACUAAUUAUCGAACUGAUGAACUCGAUAAAUGAGUCACUGUGUCAGUGCCCCGAUGCUUCAUUUCCUGAAAUUAAGCCCAACAAGAAACUAAAAAAAAUUCGCGAGUGCACCACGGAGGCGGACAUUGUCGAUUCCGCCCUUCAGACUGUGAUGGAGGCUGCGGCUCUUGGCAUCAAGCAGAUGGCCCACAAAUUUGAGUUGUGCAACGAUCUGCGCCGAGCCGCAUACGUUUGGUCCUCCUUCAAAAUUUUCCAGGCUAUGGAAAGCUCUGGGAUUUCUCAACAGUAAUGCUGCGUCAUUAAAAGUUUUAUAAAACCUGAAAUAUUUAAGAAUUAAGUA